AUACUGUACGCUGCUGACUCAAACGGAAAAUUUACGAAACUGCUCGACUUUUUCGUACUUUUAUGUUGAAACCAUCAAAAGAUUCGGUAGUCCGGUGUUAUAUAGUACAAUUGUGGUAUUUGCCCUCGUUUAAGGAUAGAUAAGGCCACAAGAAAUAAAAAGGAAAUGUAUUCGACUGCCAUGGAAUAUUGGUGGAAUUUCACGUAACAUGAGCGUAUAUGAUCUAUUGAUAUUUGAAAACUAUGGGAGAUAAAGAACAUCAUGUACACUUUAGUGGUGGGAGUGGUUUUGGUAAAGAUAAUAAUAUCAUGAUACAGCCGCAAAGGCAUGGACAUAUUGAUGUUCAUCUCGGAUUUCUUCAACUUCAUCAUAGGUACCUUGUAGAAUUUUCUAUACCCUGGAAUUUAUGUAUUCAUGGUGAAGGUAAUAUCAUAGCACCUGCAAUGAUUGUUGAGAGUCCUAAUCUAAAUUGCCGCAUAAUUGAUUUUGCUCAGGAUAAGGAUGGUCUUAGAUUGAAGAUUGAACUGCUGGCGUACAAGGAGAAGAUCCUAAAGGAGGAGGUCCAAGUAAUGUGUUGUAAAUCUGGUUUGCCGCUUAAAAUACUUUUAAACGCGCGUGUCUUGGGAAAAGAUAAAGGAACCCCAUUACUGCGAAAUGGUAUUCGCAGUAUUGCUGUGGAGAAUGAUCAUGACGAAGAUGAUGAUGAUGAUGAUGACGACGAGGAUGAUGAUGAGGUAAUUAGGACCAGACUGAGGAUGUCUCUUAGCAUGGAAAACCGCCAGAAGCCCUGAAGAGAAUAUCAUUUUUGAAGAAGAUGCAAAUUUAUGAUAGUCAUCCUGAAAAAAACGUUGAAAAUAGUACUCCAAAUCUAAGAAAAUGGUUAAUAAUCUGGUUGGAGUACAAGCCUGCAUGAAAUUGCAAUUAUUUGCAAGAAACGAUAUUUUUAAUAAGACGUGCAUAAUUCGUUAACAAACAAAAAUUUGGAAAACUAUUUGUGAUUCUCCAAUCUUAUCUUGUAGCUAUGACUGAGAAUGAAAAUAUUCAACAAUUCUGGUCACUAGCCUUAUAGUUCCUAGCAUCCUUAAAUUUAAAAAAUAGCACGUAUUAAGCUAUAUUCUAUCAAGUGUUCUAUGUCUCAUGACAUUUAAUUAUUUGUGUUGCCUAUCACGCGAGGCCUCUGUAAUGUAUGGUGAAAUGAUUGCACCUGUAUUCAUAGUGACCAAAAUGUAUUUUAUUAUCGUUUUACAUCGAUCGCAUUCGAAAUUCGAAUUGCAAUUUGCCAUUGUUUAUCACGGAUGGGAGGUAGCUAGAAUAUUAUCAAUGAUGUAAACCAUAGAGUUUCUUGAUUCUAGCUAAUAAAGUCAUAUUACAAAAAAA